AUGGGUCUACUAUCCAGAACUGUAUCGGCAAGGUCCUUUUCAACUACUAAAAAUGUGGCUAAGAAAUUGAAUAAGUAUUCUUAUCAAAUUACUGAACCAAAGGAUCAAGGUGCCUCCCAAGCUAUGCUUUAUGCCACUGGUUUCAAGAAAGAUGACUUUAAUAAAGCUCAGGUUGGUGUCGGUUCUUGUUGGUGGUCAGGUAAUCCAUGUAACAUGCAUUUGUUAGAUUUAAAUCAUAGAUGUGCUGCAUCCAUCGAAAAAGCUAACUUGAAAGCCAUGCAAUUUAAUACCAUCGGUGUCUCUGAUGGUAUUUCUAUGGGUACUAAAGGCAUGAGAUAUUCUUUGCAAAGUAGAGAAGUUAUUGCUGAUUCCUUUGAAACUAUCAUUAUGGCCCAGCAUUACGAUGCCAGUAUCGCCAUUCCAUCCUGUGACAAAAAUAUGCCAGGUGUCUUAAUGGCAAUGGGUAGACACAAUAGACCCUCUAUCAUGAUCUACGGUGGUACUAUCUUGCCUGGGUCUCCAUCUUGUGCUUCUCAAAAGAACCCAAAUGUUACUAAAGAAAUUGACGUGGUCUCUGCUUUCCAAUCCUAUGGUCAAUAUAUCUCCAAUCAAAUCACCGAAGAACAAAGAGAAGACAUCGUGGAACAUGCUUGUCCAGGUCCAGGUUCCUGUGGUGGUAUGUAUACAGCCAACACCAUGGCUUCCGCUGCUGAAGUCCUUGGUAUCACUCUACCAAACUCUUCCGCUUUCCCUGCCGUUUCAAAGGAAAAAAUGAAUGAAUGUGAUUCUAUCGGUGAAGCAAUUAAGAAAACUAUGCAAUUAAACAUCUUACCACGUGAUAUUUUCACUAAAAAGGCUUUUGAAAAUGCAAUCACUUAUGCUAUCGCCACUGGUGGUUCUACUAAUGCAGUAUUACAUUUGAUUGCCGUGGCCCAUUCUGCAGGUGUCAAGAUCACACCAGACGAUUUCCAGAGAAUCAGUGAUAAGACUCCAUUAUUAGGUGAUUUCAAACCAUCUGGUAAACAUGUUAUGGCCGAUUUGAUUAAGAUUGGUGGUACUCAGGCUGUCAUUAAAUUCUUAUACAAUGAAGGUUUCUUACAUGGUGAUUGUUUAACCGUCACCGGUGAGACUUUGGCCGAGCGUGCAAAGAAGGCUCCAAGCCUAUCUGAAGGACAAAACAUCAUUAGACCUGUCUCCAAUCCAAUCAAACCAACUGGUCACUUACAGAUCUUAUAUGGUUCUUUGGCCCCAGGUGGUGCUGUAGGUAAGAUCACUGGUAAGGAAGGUACUUACUUCAAGGGUAAAGCACGUGUCUUUGAAGAGGAAGAUUCUUUCAUUAAGGCUUUAGAGCGUGGUGAAAUCAAAAAGGGUGAAAAGACUGUCUGUAUUAUUAGAUAUGAGGGUCCAAAGGGUGGUCCAGGUAUGCCAGAAAUGUUGAAGCCAUCUUCAGCUUUGAUGGGUUACGGUUUAGGUAAAGAUGUUGCAUUAUUAACUGAUGGUAGAUUCUCCGGUGGUUCUCACGGUUUCUUGAUUGGUCAUGUUGUUCCAGAAGCCGCCGAGGGUGGUCCAAUUGCUUUGGUUAAAGAUGGUGAUGAAAUUGUUAUCGAUGCAGACAAUAAUGUUAUCGAUUUGAAGGUCUCUCCAGAAGAAUUAGCUAAACGUAAGGAACAAUGGACUCCACCACCUCCACGUUACACAAGAGGUACUUUAUCCAAAUAUGCUAAAUUAGUUUCCAAUGCUUCCCUAGGUUGUGUUACUGAUGCUUAA